GUUGCCCGCAAAGGGGACUGCUCCGAAUUCCCCACCAGGCCACAAGUCCUAGUUCCAAAACCCUCUCUCCUCCCCGUCCUACUCGUACCCCAUAGCCAAUUUCCCUCCUUCGCUGCCAAUGGACCUCUCCGCCGUCCAGGCCGCCCUCUCCGACAAGUCCUACACCGCCGUCGCCUCCCUCUGCGACGAGCUCCUCCUACAGGCCGCGUCCAAGGGAACCAAUACCGACGAAUGGCCCUACUCUGUCCACCUCCUGGCCCACCUCUACAUCAAUGACCUGAACAGCGCGCGGUUCUUCUGGAAAUCGCUGCCGCAGGAGGUGAAGGACACGCGGCCGGAGCUCGCCGCGGUCUGGAGGAUUGGUCAGUGCCUCUGGAACAGAGACUAUGCUGGUGUCAACACGGCCGCACAGGGGUUCGAGUGGGGCCCUGACCUCACUGAAUUCAUCACUGCCUUCCUAGAGAGCUACAGACAAAGGAUAUUCAAACUGUUGACUUCUGCAUAUUCGACAAUUAGCGUUGCUGAUGUGGCUCAUUUCAUGGGGAUGAGUGAGGAGGAUGCUACAAACUAUGCUGUGCAAAUCGGUUGGAGUUUGGGCGCAGCGACCAAGAUGCUUACUGUCAAAAAGCCAAAGGCUCAGAUCAACCAGAAGCUUGAUGCGAGCAAACUGCAGCGCCUGACUGAGUGUGUUUUCCACCUUGAGCACUGAUGCUCAGUGUCAAUCGUGUUGCAUCCCCGUCACUUCUCUACUCUGCACAUUUUAAGAACCAUGUUUACCAUGGCUGAAAAGGGGUGAUCUCUCAGUACUGAAUUUGCUUCUGUAAGUGGUUUCUGAUAGCGUGCUAGCUGUUACUGCGCCUAUGGGUUGUUCGUAUGGUGGCCCUUCGUGCCAGAGGCGCAUUGAAAUGCGUCACACUUUGUCAUUACUCUGGACCUUAACCAGGGAAGUCUUGAUUGCAUAAAAAUGCUAACAAGUUGGUCA